AAGGUGCUCAGGAAAGCAGAGCAGCCUCUCCCGGCACUCACAGUGCGCUCACGGCUGGCUCUCCUCUGCACGGCUCUCCCACCAUGUCCAGCCACCCCACCAACCUGAGAGUGAAGCUGCCCCUGCUCUGCGCUCUCCUGCAGCUGGCAACUGUCCUCCUAUUCGCCUUUUUCGUCCAGUACGACAGCCACACCAGCCCCCGGCUGUGGCACGAGGAGAUGCAGCUGCAUAGCAAAGACCCUCUGGACAAUGACUUCUAUCCCCGCUACCCAAGCUUUCAAGACGUCCACGCCAUGGUUUUCCUUGGCUUUGGCUUCCUGAUGACCUUCCUGAAACGCUACAGCUUCGGUGGAGUGGCUUUCAAUUUUCUGAUCGCUGCCUUUGCCCUCCAGUGGUCUGUCCUCAUCCAGGGAUUUUUCCACACCUUUCACGAUGGCAAAAUCCACGUGGGAAUAGAAAGCAUGAUCAACGCAGACUUCUGCGCCGGGUCCGUCCUCGUCUCCUUUGGGGCGCUGCUGGGCAAGACAAGCCCUGUUCAGCUGCUGCUGAUGGCUGGGCUGGGAGUCACCCUCUUCGGCCUCAAUGAGUACAUCUUGCUGAGCAUCCUUCAGGUAAAGGAUGCCGGGGGCUCUAUGACCAUCCAUACUUUUGGGGCCUACUUCGGGCUGAUGGUGUCCCGGGUUCUUUUCCGACCCCACCUGGACAAGAGCCGGCAGCGGGAAGGCUCCGCCUACCACUCGGACCUCUUUGCUAUGAUUGGCACUCUCUUCCUGUGGGUCUUCUGGCCCAGUUUCAACUCAGCAGUAACCGCCCACGGGGAUGACCAGCAGCGGACAGUGAUGAACACCUACUUCUCCUUGGCAUCCAGCACCCUCACCACCUUUGCCAUCUCCGCUCUGGUGAACCGCGGAGGCCAGCUGGACAUGGUUCACAUACAGAAUGCCGCCCUGGCUGGCGGGGUGAUCGUUGGCACUUCAGCCGAGAUGGCGGUGACUCCUUUUGGGGCCCUGAUCGCUGGGUGCAUGGCUGGCCUGGUGGCCACCCUCGGCUUCAAGUUCCUCACGCCCAUCCUGGCUGCCAGGCUGAAAAUCCAGGACACCUGCGGGAUACACAACCUGCAUGGGAUGCCCGGCGUGCUCGGUGGCCUCCUUGGUGCCCUAGUGGCCGCUCUGGCAACCCCAGAUGACUACGGAGAAGGAAUGGCUGACGUCUUCCCCCUUGUGGCCUCUGGGCAACGCACCUCCGUCAGACAGUCUCUCUUCCAGUUGCUGGGCCUGCUGGUCUCCCUGGGCAUGGCCCUGAUCGGUGGCAGCCUGGUAGGGGCCGUCCUGAAGAUGCGAAGCCUUGGGACACCCCCAGAUGCUCUCUGCUUCGAGGAUCAAAUCUAUUGGGAGGUGCCUGAAGAACAUCAUGAUGGCUUCCAGGGCGUGGAAGCUCUGAGCAUAGAGGAGGCAGACAAAGCCACCCACGCCUGACAGGGUCGAUCAGGGUUGCUCACAUCACCAUCAUCACCAUCACCACCAACCACCAAAAAAGCAGUCAGUCCAAACUAUCAGGUUUUGCCUUGAUGAAAGCAAGGAGGACUCUGUUGCUGGAGCAACAGCGUCUUCCAGGAUUGGCCUCUGCCUGGAAAUCCUGCAACUGCAGGAGAUGAUUUGCAAUGACUUGGGUGCACCGGUUCAGAAGCACCGUCUUCCACCUGAUUAUUUCACAGGUUCUAGAGUUGUGCCAUCAGCUACUAAAAAAUAUUCCGAGGCCAACAGCAGCCAAUGUCAUUUUUAAAGCUUGUUUUCUUUCACAACCACCCUUCAAUUUACAGAAUCCUAUUUGCUUUUCAACAUAGAUUCCAUACUGCAAAUCAGAAAUAGAACCAAAUUCAGGUAGUCCUCAAGUUAUCACCACAACUGAGCCCCAAAUUUAUGUUGCUGAGUGAAAUAUUUGUUAAGUGAAUUUUGCCCCUUUUUAUGACUUUUCUUCCCACGGUGAAUCAUUGCAUUUGUUAAGUUAGUAACACGGUUGUUAAGUGAAUUUGGCUUCCCCCAUCGACUUUGCUUGUCAGAAGGUUGCAGAAGGGGAUCAUGUGACACCCCCACACACCCCCGGGACAUGGCGACCGUCAUGAAUCGGACUCGCGGUAUGACUGUAUUAUUUUAUUGUUUUAUGAUUGUUUUAACUCUGUACGCCGCCCUGAGUCCUUUGGGAUUGGGCGGCAUAUAAAUAAAAUUAAAUACAAAUGAAUAUAAACCAUUUGCAAAGGAUCUGAAUUCUGAUCAUGUGAAUUUUGACCAUGCUGCAAUGGUCGUUAAGUGUGAAAAACAGUCAUAAGUCACUUUUUUCAGUGCCGUUGUAACUUUGAACGGUCACAAAAUGAACCGUUGUAAGUCGAGAACUGCCUGCAACUGAGAGUGUGCAACAAGCAGCAACCUAGUAAAAGAAAUGAAUGAUGAGACAAUCUGGGCUUUCCUAAAGGUCACCGUCAAGAGGUGGUUAUCAGACCCCCCUAUUGGGGCUCCCACGGGGUCAGCAGCCAGUCUUUGGGGAAACAUUGGGGGGGGUUUGCAAUUUUUCAAUAUUUCACAUAUUGACAACAUAAAUAAAGUUAACUCAGUAAAUGUUAUGGAAUUUGGCAAUAUAAUAGCUGGAGAGCAAAUAAAAGGCAAGAUAAAUGUAUUUUACCUUAAGAUAUCUUCCUUUUGAAAACUUUUGACUUUUUUUCAGCUUGGCACUUUCAGCUGAAAAAUUCUUUAUCAUGUUUCCAAUACAUUUUGAAAAAUUGGGAGCCAUUUUAACAAUCAUAACUGAAGUAAUAUAUCAAUGAAAGAAUAUUUGCACCAAAAUUUUAAGCAUGCUGUUUGAAGUAGUUAAUAUUAGUGUACUAUUGAUAUUGCAUAUCAGGGCUUGUAUCCAGAUUAUGCAUUUGUCUAAUCACACAAACUAUAAUUUGUUCACCUUCAGAAUCAAAUUCUAUCAAUAAUUUAAAAUUAAAUUCUAAUAAAUAUUAGACUGUUGUAUUAAAACAUUCUUUGAAUUGUAUUAAGAUUAUUCCAUUAAGAUUCUGUUAAGAGUCUAUUGGCUAAUGCAGUAACAACAAUAACAAUAAUAGUAACAACAACAACCCCUGAAGGAGAUUUCUGCAUUUCCUUAAGUGCUGCCAUGCCGGUGGUGCCUGAAGUGAAAGGUCUCAGUCCAUUCUUGAGCCAUCUUCUCGUAAGAUUUCAUUCUGGUUUUAUUGACCCCCUCCCCCAAAUCUUGAAAUCCAUACAAAUUAUGAAGCAUCCACUGAUUAACUCUACAACUUUAAAAUGUUGCAGCCAAUUGUGACAAUCCAGGAUUAAAUCUGUUCUUGUACUUUCCCCAAAUUUUCAUUAAACGAUUUAUAAUGUA